UCAAGAUUCAAGAAUCUGGUAACCCAAAGCUCUCCUUCGCCAUUCUUCUCCUUCAAGAGCUGAUUGUCUCUCAUAUAGGAGAUAAUGUCGAUGCCUCCUCUGGGAUCUCAAAAUGAUAAGGAUAAGAAGAAGGCUUCCAAUUUCCCAAUCUCCACCUUUACUGUAGGGAACUGGAAGAGGGAGACUACUCGGAAAGGCGACUUGACUGCCAAAAUCUACUAUGCCAAGAAGAAGUUGUUGUGGGAGUUUCUCAAUGGGCCUUUGAAGAUCAAAAUGGAAGUUUGUUGGUCUGAUAUCACUGCUAUUGAGGCUGUUAUAAACCCUAAUCAACCCGGAUUUCUUCGAAUUGAGUUGGCCAAGCCUCCUCUCUUCUUCCGAGAAAUCCCUCCUCAGCCCAAAAAGCAUAGUAAUUGGGAGCCGGUAGAUGAUUUCACCGGUGGCCAAGCCCAACUUUGCAUGAGACAUGAAGCUACUUUCCCUCCCGGGGUACUUGAUAAACACUACGAGAAGCUUCUGGUACACGACGAGCGUUUAGCUGUCCUCAGUCGCAGGCUCUUCCAAACCCAUGAAUCGGUUUUGCCAUUACAACAGAUCCCACAGCAGCAACAGCUUCACAAUUCUCUACAUAUAGCAGCAUCAGCGCGGGGGAAUCAAAUCAACAAUGACCCAACAUGUGUCGGCUCAUCAAGUCGGAACCCUAUAGUUGUUUCGGAUCAGCAGCAACAACUCCACCAUUCUCUAUAUAAAGCACCAUCAGCAUCAAGCAAUGGUGGCAUGGCGGCGUGGGGGAAUCAAAUCAACAACAAGCCAACAUUUGUAGGCUCAUCAAGUCAGAACCCUCUUGUCAUCAACAAUGAGCCAACAUUCACGGGCUCAUCGAGUUAUAAUAACUCUCUUGUCAUCAACAAUGAACCAAGAUUCAUGGGAUCAUCGAGUAUUGUUCGUGAUCAACGACUUAAUCAAUACAACGACAUGGCUUUCAACAAUCAGCAAACAAAGGCCUCAUCGAGUCAGAACCCUUUUGCUGUUCCUGCUUCAACAUUUGUCGGUUCAUCAAGACAGAACCGCCCUCUUGUUAUUCGUGAUCAACGAGGUUAUCAAUACAAUGAUAUGACUGUCAACAAUAUUCAGCCAACAUUUGUGGGCGCAUCGAGUCAGAACCCCGUUGCUCUUCCUGCCUCAACAUUUGUCCAUUCAUCAAGACAGAACCACCCUCUUGUUAUUCGUGAUCAACGAGGUUAUCAAUACAAUGAUAUGACUGUCAACAAUAUUCAGCCAACAUUUGUGGGCUCAUCGAGUCAGAACCCCGUUGCUCUUCCUGGCUCAACAUUUGUCCAUUCAUCAAGACAGAACCGCCCUCUUGUUAUACGUGAUCAACCACUUUGUCAAUACAAUGAUUUGGCUGUCAACAAUGAGCCAGCAUUUGUCGACCGAUCAUCAAGUGGGAACAACUCCUCUGCUGUUAGUGAUGAGCAGCAACUCUCUCCUCGGAGUAGAUGCCUACCAUGGUGCAUGCGACGCGGAAAUGAUAAAGGAAAACAUAUGGUGCAAAAUGCUCCAACUGAUGAUCAGCUGGGCUUGGCUGAGGCAAUACUAAGGGAGGCAAACGCAAACUGUGAUGAUGGCGCGUGGUCGUUGCUUGACCUAUAUAUAAAGCAAAGCCAGGAAGAUCAUUGCAAUCAGCCAGUUGGAGGUGGUAAUGUAAAUGAAGCUUCAUCUACUUAUCCUGCUCCACCAUCAAAGCCAUGAAGAGAUGGUCAAAAACUUGCAAUUGUGAUGAUCAAGUUUGACAUUUCUUUA